AGAAGGGUGGGGACAGCCGUUUGCGAGUGCGCCUGCGCAUUUGUCAGCUGAUUGGUCGUAGUUGUCACAUGAAACAACAAAAGCAGGAAGUGAGUCGCUUGCGUUAGUGACAUACAUGCAGCGAGUCGGACAAAUGACUGUACGUGGUUUGUGGAUUAUUUCUCACGAGAAAGGAGAAAAUGUGUCAAUACGCUUUUCUAGGAGGUUUUCCACCGUGGAGCACCGUGCAAAGAGCCUGGCAGGUUCCUCAUAUGUAGCAGUCCCAGAGGAAAGCACUUUCCUGCAGCUCCUGCUCACUGAGCUGGGGCUUUCAGACUCAGGCAAGAAUUAUGUAGCCCUCAGAGAUGAUUGCCUUUACCGUCCACGGUCACCAGCCCUGGAGCUGCAUGUGGAUGGACCUGGAAAAGGAAUACUUUGGCCGGUGUUGACUGUCUCACAAGGGCCUCUUAUCCUGGCUUGCCUGCCUUUAGUGGAUGUCCCUCCUGAACCGCGGCCACCUCUGGCCAACCUGCUGUCAGUCUCACAGGGUCUCACGCUUCUGGCAGGCCUGCAGACUUUUCUCCUUGGCUCAGGAAGUAAGCCUGAUAGUGAAGGGCUUGUCUCUCGUCUGGCAGUGUUGCCCUCUGUCCUCCUGCAGGUUUGUCCACUUGGCACACCCCUUGAUGUGCCCCUACCUGGGGCACCUGCUACACCUGCAGUGCCCACUUCUGGAACUCAGAAGCAGCCAGCCUGGAAAACAGGCCUACACCGAGGUCGAGCUUUGGUUAAUGUAGGACUGAUAGAAACAGUGCGCUCCAUGCAGUAUGGUAAUCAGAGCAGACAGGACCUUUGGGAUGUUUACGGCACUGUGACAUGCAAAUGUGAAGUAGAGGGGGUGCUCCCUAAUGUGACAGUGACCCUGUCACUGCCACCAAAUGGUUCUCCACUGCAGGAUAUCCUGGUCCAUCCCUGUGUCACAUCUCUGGAUUCUAGUAUCCUGACUGCCAGCAGUGUGGAUAAUUAUGAUGGCUCAGCUUUCUCCGGGCCAUACAAGUUUCCCUUCUCCCCUCCUCUGGAGCCCUUCAGACUAUGCAGCUAUACUUCUCAGGUUCCUGUUCCACCCAUACUUGGAUCAUACCAACUGAAGGAAGAGGAGAACCAGCUACGUGUGUCAGUAACCCUCAAACUUCAUGAGAGUGUAAAGAACAGUUUUGAGUACUGUAAUGCUCACCUGCCAUUCUUUAACAGGAAUCAGAUGGGUGUUGUAGAUAUGAAGAUGAGCUCUGGACAGUUGGAGGUUUCAAAAGAGAAAAACCUGCUUCUCUGGGUCCUGGGACAAAAGUUCCCAAAGUCUCGUGAGGUCACAAUAGAGGGCAAGAUCAGCUUUUCUGGACCAGCGCCAGGACCUUUGGACCCCCUCUGCACAGACCUUACUGCUUAUGUCAAAUUGAAUUUCAAAGUGCCUGACAUGACAUUGUCUGGGUGUUGUGUAGACCAGCAUUCAGUGCAGGUUUAUUCUUCUGCCAAACCGCGGAUUGUAACAUCCCGAGAACUUCAAUCUAAAGAGUACUACAUAUGGAAUUCAACAGGUACUGCUCCGGUAUCCUCUGGACAGAUGACGAUGUAACAUGGUUUCACAAAGAGAGGCUUUGUGGACACUGCACUAUAUUAAUGAGACUGAAAACACUUUAAAGUACACACAGUGAAAUUAAUUUGUGCUGCCCUGUUUUACAGGAGAGUUUGCAAAUGAUAGAAGAUAGAAAACCAUUACCUAUUAUCUAAUACUCACAUGUACUUCACUAUAUGCAAACAUUGACUGGAUUACUACUUUUAAGAAACUACCUGCACCUGCAGUUCAACUUCUUUUAUCCCCCAGUCUUCAGCCACCCUCAGAUAUAUCCCAUUGCAGACACAAGGGCCACCCCUUGCUCUGACAGUCGCACUUCACUGACUCUCCAUCAGCCGGAUAAUUAGCAGCUGGGGCCUUGUCAUCAGCUGUUGUAGGCCUGGAGUAGAGGGGCGGCUGGACUGUGAAAGGCAAGCCUGAUUCGGCCAGUGUCUUGGCUACAAAAGCUUCUCUUUUGAGCUGGCAGGAGGCCAUACCCAUACCAAGCACUCACCCCCACCUCUUUUGACCCCAGCUUUGCCCUGUCAACUAGUAGCCAGCUGAAACACACAAACUCUCCAGCCGGACUGUGAUUGAGCGCUGACCCUCGGGCCCUCUGAGACUUGAAAGCAGCCGGUCCCAUUUAGUGAGGGCCAGGAUCAGGACCUGCCUAAAUGGUGAAAAACUCAUAAGGAUGGUAACCAUUUGGUUGCCUCUCGAUGUUGCAGAGGAGGUGUUUUAACUAUUUUAUUGUACAGCCUAAAGCAAAUGAUUUUGAUCUUUACUGAUGCAAUACAAUUGUCAAAGUAGAUAAAUGGAGUGUGGAUAAAUGGAGCAGACCUCCAUUUAUCCACACCUAUUUGCAAAGAAAACACUUCAGUUCUGCUUUUGCUUCCAGAUGCUUUUCUCAUGUUAUCAGUACAUUACCUGAACUAUGCAUGUAAUGUUUCUACUACACAAGCUCCGCCUCCGUGCGUUAAGUUGAAUGAAUAACUAGCUGACGAAGGGUUAAAUCAAAGGAGAUUGUGCCCCACUAUUCCACAGCAGCCAGACUCCUCUGAGUGGCCUCAUUGUCUGCCAUUGGCCUCUUGUGCCCCUUGCUGGUCCAAAUGCUACAUUCUCACGUGGAUUUCCACUCAGAAGGCUGACCAUGACCAAUCCUCUGUCAAUUGGAACCAAUUGCUCACACGGCAUCCUUCACCUUCUUUUUAUGUAGCAGUAUGGAGUGGCAGACACCGAGACCUCUCGGCUCUCCCCCUCCACGAUGAUUUGGCUUUAAGGCCCAGUGUGUGUGGCUAGCGAACUGGAAAAGGAGAAGUUUUUUGAAGAGUUGGGCCACUCUAAAUCUCCUCAGUGUCGCAAUAUGUGGUCGGUCUGGCUCCUCAAGUCUGCAGUUAGUGGCCUCUCACUGGCAGACUUUGCUUUGUUGAUUGAAUAGCUUGCUAAGUAGAUGGACUCAUUUAAUGUGUUGCUUUGCUCCAGUGCCUUCAGUCCAUACCUUUGGGCAUUCAACUGAAUUGUUUUUCAGAAUCAUUAAUUUAUGUAAUUUGUGUUUACUCUUGUGUACAUGCAUACGAGAAAAAGAUACACACUUUUGUCCAGUAAUAAUCAAAAUAAAGAUCCA